AUGGCUUAUGCUGCUGUGAUAUCUCUAAAAACCGUAAUCGAGCGCCUUCUAAAAUCUUCUGAAAUUUCGUUUGUUCCGCCCUCAAAGAAAAUCAUUAAAUCUGCAUACAAACAACUUUUGUCCUUACAAGAAGUCCUCAAACGAUUUGAUAAUCGCAGCAGAAUCAGCAGCGAGAGGGUGAAUGCUUUAGAUGGAGAAAUCAGAGAGGUCGUACGGAAACUAGAAGACGUAAUUGAAUCCCGUGUCUCAACUCAGAUUCUUUCUCAAUCUGAAGAAAUCCAUCCAUUGCUAGUACUCUCGCUGGACAUGGUGGAAGUGAAGACCGAGAUUGAUUCCUUGAAUGAAAAGCUCAAGAAGAUGGAGGGGGAGUACGCUACCGAAAUUGAAGAUAAUGAUGCCGUUUCAUCAAGAAUUUAUUUUGGUGGAAAUAAGUCGAAGAUGGUUGGAUUAUCCGAUCAAUUUCAAGAAAUCCAAACACGGCUUUUGGAUACAAUGGAAACUUGUCAACUGAUGGCCGUGUAUCUUGUUGGAAUGGCCGGGAUUGGUAAGACUACUCUUGCUGUCGAACUUUUUGAAGAUCCAUUAACCACGAGUCAUUUCGACGCUCGUGUGUUCGUCACCAUAGGGAGAAAGUAUCACUUAAAAGCGAUCCUUGAAGAUAUUUUAUCUCAAAUGAAUCCCGAGACUGAUAAAAUAUUGCUCAAGGAAAGAGACGUGAAAGAAUUGAAAAGAAUGAUGUACCAAAAUUUGAAGGCUAAAACAUACCUCAUUGUUUUGGAUGAUGUAUGGAAUAUGCAGGUGUGGGAUGAUUUGGGAAGGUUAUUUCAUGCCAACAAAAAUCGAUGUCGAAUCCUACUCACAACUAGGGUCGAAAAUAUUUGUUCGGGUAGUGAUAUUUACAGUGUCCGAUUAUUGAAUGAAGAAGAAAGUUGGGAUCUUCUUCGCGAGAAGGUGUUUGGUGAGGAGUCACCGUGUCCACCUCAACUUGAGAAAGCUGGAAAGAAGAUUGCUGAGAAUUGUGAAGGUCUUCCUCUUCUAAUCGUCACAGUUGCUGAUAUUUUAUUCAAAGUUGACAAGACAACAGAGUACUGGAAAAAAGCAGCAGAGAAAGAUAGUUCGGUUUUCAUGGAUGCAAAUGAUCAGAUUAUGUCAAAGGUAAUACUUUUGAGCUAUGAAUACUUACCUCAAAAUUUAAAAUCAUUGUUUCUGUAUAUGGAAGUUUUCCCUCAAAACUAUGAAAGUCCCGGCACCAAGCUCGAGAACCUGUUGAAUGCCGAGGGAUUUUUUGAACCAACUUUUUAUAUAACCCCUGAAGAGCCUGUUUCAAAAAACUUUGUUAUGAUGCACAAGAAGAGCUUUAUGACUUGGCACAUGUAUAACAUAGAAGCUGAGAAAAACAAAUUUUUCCAUGUCGUAGAUAGUUACAACACUACUUUAGCACAGGGUAAAGAAAACCAUCGUCGAUUGUGCAUCCGCAACAAUAUUCUAUUUGCCAUCAAAGACGUGCAAAAGUCUAUGGCAUCCUUUUCAAACGCGCGCUCACUCCUAUGUUUUGGUCCAUAUCAUAAAUAUCCAUUACCAAUAUGUUUGGAAUAUUUGAGGUUGCUCAGGGUAUUCGAUGCUGUUACAAUCCGUUUGUACGAGUUCCCAAUGGAUGUACUAAAACUAGUUCAGCUAAGGUACCUUGCCCUCACUUAUGACGGAAACCUUCCUCCUUCCAUAUCAAAACUUCGGAACCUUCAGGUAUUGAUUAUCCUUCGACAUUUAAACAUCAUUAGUUCUUGUGAGGAUUUAUCGUAUUUGCCAAUAGAAAUUUGGGAAAUGCAAGAAUUAAAUCAUCUUCAGAUCACGGGGAGCAAUCUCCCGGAUCCUUGUGGAGCUACCUUGCCAAACCUCUCAAGGCUUUUUGAUAUAAGCCCCCGUUGUUGUACCAAGAAGCUUCUAGAAAGAAUUCCUCGUCUAGAAAUGGUGAGAGUUCAAUUUGAUUAUGCGCGUGAUAUUGCCGAGUCAUCAAAGUGGUUCGAUCUUAUGUUAAAUCUUCGGGGAUCACUCUAUUGUGUUAUUUCAAAUCCUAUUUCUAUGUCCAAAACUAUGGUCCCACCGAGCCUUCCCAAUUCACUCGAUACAGGUGGUAUUGGAUGCUUAAGUUUGAGUGGGUUUGGGUAUCCAUGGGAAUACAUGAGACUUAUAGCUACACUGUCGUGCCUUACUGUGCUAGAACUGCGAUGCUAUGCCUUUCGAGGGGCGAAAUGGGAAACUCAAGAGAAGGCAUUUCGAUCGCUUAAGGUUCUUGUAAUUGAAGACUCUGAUCUGGUGCAAUGGACGGUCGGGAUUAAAGCCUUUCGAUGUCUGGAGCAUCUAACAAUGAAACGCUGCCACAAACUAGAAGAGAUCCCUCGAAGAUAUUUUGGUGCAUCGAAUAGGCUGAAGAUUGAGAUGGUCGAUUGCAACCCUUUGGGGGUGGCUUGUGCAAAGGAAAUGGAACAAUGGGACAAGGACAGAGGAAGUGAUUUUCGUAGUGUCUCUGUCCGUUCUUCGUGGGACGACUGA